AUGGCGUCUACGGACAGUUGCGAUAGCAGCGAUUCUGUUGGCGAUCAAUCUACAAGUAAUAACCGCCACGAUGUGCACCUACGAUUAGGCAAUGUAUCCAAUUAUUAUGCCACUCCACCAAAUUAUAAUGCCGCCAUUAAGAAAGGUCACUUAAAAUUCGAUGCUGAAUUCGAAUGUGGUAACUUAUUGAAAGUGGAGUAUAUAUCAGAGUUCGAAUAUGAUUUAUAUGUGCGUCCAGACAUUAGCAAUUCUAGAUUUCGCGUCUGGUUCUAUUUUACAGUAUCGAAUAACAAAGCCGGACAAAGGGCAAUAUUCAAUAUUGUCAAUUUUAGUAAGACCAAAAGUUUGUAUCGUGAUGGAAUGGCACCAGUUAUAAAAUCGACGACACGGCCAAAAUGGGUUAGGUUAUCGGCAAAGAACGCCUUUUACUAUCGAUCGCCAGAUCAUGACAAUAACUACGUUAUGUCGUUUGCGGUUGUAUUAGAUAAAGAGAACGAAGAAUAUAGUUUUGCCUAUUGCUACCCGUAUUCCUAUUCUAAGCUCCAACGUUAUUUAGAUGCUAUUGAAGCGAGAUCGUUGCGUUAUGUUCGAAGAGAGUGUAUUGCCUUGACAUUGCAACACCGUCGUUUAGAUAUGAUAACAAUAACUUCGCCAGGAAAUCUACAGCAUGAUGUGGAAAAGAAGUUAAUCUUUAUCAGUGCUAGAGUUCAUCCGGGGGAAUCCCCGUCAUCUUACGUUUGUCAAGGAAUAAUUGACUUUUUGAUAAGCGACUCGCCUGCGGCGAAGAUAUUACGGGAUAACUUAGUGUUCAAGAUAGUGCCAAUGCUAAAUCCGGAUGGAGUCAGUGUUGGAAAUUAUAGAUGUUCUCUAGCUGGUGAUGAUCUAAAUCGCCACUGGCAUGAUCCUACUCGGCAACAUCCUACUCUUUCUGCCACGAAAGAUAUUUUAAUGGAACAUGAUAGUGACAAUACAUGCAAUGUAGAGUUUUACGUUGAUAUUCAUGGUCAUACCUCACUUGUUAACGCUUUUAUUUAUGGAAACAUUUUCGAUGAUAGCACCAGAUUCGAAAAGCAAAGUAUAUUUCCUAAACUAUUGAGUAAUAAUGCGGAUGAUUUUUCCAUGGCAAAAACAUGCUUCAAUAAAGACGCAGUAAAAGCUGGGACUGGAAGAAGAUUUCUAGGAAGUUAUCUUAAUCCGAAUGCCUUAUGCUAUACUCUUGAAGUAUCAUGUUACGGUUAUCAAAACGUCGCUAAUUCCAUUACCCCGUAUACGGAAGAAGGAUUUAUGCGCUUAGGGCGAAGUUUUGCAAAAACAUUUGUAGAUUAUUACGAGCUAAAUGGAUGUGUUAGCGAACUUGUGGCCGAACGAGCUGCUGCAGCUGCCAUUCGAAGGAAAAAUGCACGAGAACGAGAGGGGAACAAAGGUAAAAAACAAACAGGCGAUAGAGAUAUUAAGGAAACUAGGAAGACUGAUUCUCAAGCAGUUUUAUGGAACAGUUCUAAACAGAAUUAUGAAGGGUAA